ACAUCUUCCUCAUUUCAAAGAAGAAGAGACUAAAAAAAAAAAGUAGGGAACAAAAAUGGCUUCCAGUUUGAUGUCUAACGCCGCCACCGCCGUGGCCGCAGCCAGCGGUGUUCAGGCUAACAUGGUUGCUCCAUUCAAUGGCUUGAAGUCCACUUCAGCUUUCCCUGUUACGAGGAAGAGCAACAAUGACAUUACUUCUAUUGCUAGCAACGGUGGCAGAGUCCAAUGCAUGCAGGUAUGGCCACCACUUGGCUUGAAGAAGUUUGAGACCCUCUCUUACCUUCCACCUCUCACCACAGAGCAAUUGUUGGCCGAAGUCAACUACCUUCUAGUCAAGGGAUGGAUUCCUUGCUUAGAAUUUGAAAUCAAAGACGGAUUUGUGUACCGUGAGCACAACAAAUCGCCAGGAUACUAUGAUGGUCGCUACUGGACUAUGUGGAAGUUGCCUAUGUUCGGGUGCACUGACCCAGCUCAGGUGGUGAAUGAGGUUGAGGAGGUCAAGAAGGCUUACCCUGAUGCUUUUGUUAGGAUCAUUGGGUUCGACAACAAACGUCAAGUGCAAUGCAUUAGUUUCAUUGCCUACAAACCUCCAAGCUUCUAAUUCAAAAGCAUAAGUUCCAUCAUGUGCUUGGCCUAGUGCGUGAUUUGUUUCAUAUAAAUGUGUAUCUAAGCAUCAUGACUAAUAUUUCUCCAAAGCUUUUUCCCUUUUAAAGUUCUUGUUUAUUUGUUUGGCUUAUCUCUGUAAGUUGUUUCCGGAUCUUCAGUGGAUCAUAUAUAGAGAAAAGUGAACUUAUUUUAUAA